CGCUCCAAACUUUUUUUCCUCGGCGCUGCCUUCAGUCGGAGCACCGGGCAGCGGUGGGUGUGAUGCCGGUAAACGUGUGGUCGCUGUGUCGCCGUCAGAGCGCUCUCUCUGCGGUUCCACAGCAAUAAAAAAGAAAAAAAAGAAAAAGAAAAACACCCAAGGUGAGGUGAGCAGGAGGACAGGAGCUCCAUGUUAAAGGACUGCACCUUGGAGAAAAGUGGCUGCCCGGAGCCCGUCAGCAUGCGGGUCCUGUUGAGUGUCCUGUACCCCGUCCUUUCCCUCACCAUCUUCGGAUUGUACCCCUCCAUGACUAUCGGCCCAAAGGAGGGCUGGCAGGUGUACAGCUCAGCACAGGAUGCUGAUGGGCGCUGCAUCUGCACAGUGGUGGCACCAGAACAGAGCCUCUGUUCCAGAGAUGCCAAGAGCAGGCAGCUCCGCCAGCUACUAGAAAAGGUGCAAAACAUGUCUCAGUCCAUUGAGGUGCUGAAUUUGCGGACUCAGAGGGAUUUCCAGUAUGUCAUGAAGAUGGAGAACCAGAUGAAAGGCCUGAGGACCAAGUUCAGACAGAUUGAGGAUGACAGGAAAUCCAUCAUGGCCAGAAAUUUCCAGGAGCUUAAGGACAAGAUGGACGAGCUGAAGCCGUUGAUCCCCGUGCUGGAGCAGUACAAGAUGGAUGCUGCACUCAUCUCCCAGUUCAAGGAGGAGAUCAGGAACCUGUCUGCGGUGCUGACAGGCAUCCAGGAAGAACUCGGGGCCUAUGACUACGAUGAGCUUUAUCAGCGAGUCCUGCGAUUAGACAGCAGACUCCGCAGCUGUAUGGGCAAACUGACGUGUGGGAAAUUAAUGAAAAUCACUGGACCUGUUACAAUAAAGACAUCUGGAACCCGGUUUGGGGCAUGGAUGACUGAUCCUCUAGCAUCAACCAGAAACAACAGGGUUUGGUAUAUGGACAGUUACACCAACAGCAAGAUUGUGCGUGAGUACAAGACAAUGGAAGACUUCGUAGCAGGAGUGGUCUCUCGAACCUACAGCCUCCCGUUUAAAUGGGAAGGAACCAAUCACAUUGUCUACAACGGAUCACUUUACUACAACAAGUACCAGAGCAACAUUAUUGUCAAGUACAGCUUCGAGACGGGCAGCGUGCUGGCCCAGCGAGCUUUGGAGUUUGCUGGCUUCCACAACAUGUACCCCUAUACAUGGGGGGGAUACUCUGACAUUGAUGUCAUGGCUGACGAACUGGGAAUGUGGGUUGUGUACGCGACCAAUCAAAACGCUGGAAAUGUCGUCAUCUCUCAGAUCGACCCCGACACCCUGCAGGUCCUGAAGACUUGGACCACCGAAUACUCCAAAAGGAAUGCAGGCGAAUCUUUCAUGAUCUGUGGGACGCUCUACAUCACUAACUCUCACCUGUCUGGAGCAAAGGUUUACUACGCUUACUCUACCAAGACUUCAACUUACGAAUACAUAGACAUUCCUUUCCACAACCAGUACUUUCACAUCUCCAUGCUUGACUACAACGCCAGAGAGAGAGCACUGUACGCCUGGAAUAACGGACACCAGGUAAUAUUUAAUGUCACCCUGUUUCAUGUCAUCAAAACUGAAGAUGACUCCUAAACGUGAAACUUUACCAACCACAAUUAAAGCACCAUCAUUUGUGAUACAAGGACCUCCUAAUUAACUAUGAUUUCUUUUGCCAGAAGUGGACCACGGUAUCUUUACUUGCCAUUACUUGAACUUUUCUGAUUUGUGGCUCUGGAUUCUUGGCUGAAUUGAGCAUGGGCACCAGUGAUUUAAUACUUUACUGGAAAACAUACUAUACACUUUUUACACUUUUCCAUUGCUGCUGAUCAGACUGGUAUGCCUUAUUUGCUAAGUAUUGGGUCUGCCAUCUGAAAACUCUCGAUAGCUUUUGCAUGAAUGUCAACAUUUUGUCUGCAGUGAUUUGCGAUAAUAUAUAGCUGUGUUUUGUUGCAAAUCUGUGACUUACUUACAGUGUUUGCUUUUUGUCUAUUUAAAAACCUAUUUAAAAGUACUUAAACAUUUAAAGCAGCCUAUUGCAUAUUUGCUACCAUGUAAAGUUAGCUGGUUAUAAAGUAUAGCAGCCAUGUAGGCCCUGUAAAAUAUUGCUGUUACGUAUGUCUCUGUGAAAGAAGAACAUUUGUAUUUUUUAUAAAAGAAACCCAUAGGAGGAUAUCUGUGCAUUUUCAUUAAAAUUAAAUAUUGUACAUUUCAUUAAAAUGGUUUUGACUGGUAAAAUGAACAUCUCUUAUGAUCUGAUGAAGAAGCAGCUCCCUGGGGCAUCCCAUGACCUCAUCCUAUUUAUUAUUAUUCCAACCAUGAAACUCUGAACAUUAUCUGUCUUGUUUUGGUUGUGUUUCUAGCCCCAUGAUAACUUGCAUGAAUUACUGACACAACUUCUGAUUACUACUUUCACUGAGUGCAAGUUCUGCAAAAGUUAGCGGCAUGUUACAUACAGUGUGUUUUCAUUUCUCUUAGGGCUUUCUGGAAAAAUAGGUGAUAUGAGAACACAAACCGUUACACUCGAAACGGUAUAAUGUGAUCAUACAUCUGCCUUCAAAUAGAAAUGGAUAUAAAAGUACAUGUAUACUUGAAGAAGCAAUCCAAAUUAGUUGCAAAGGAAGGGACACUGUUCACUGUGGGCAUGCAGACAAGCUAUGGUGUUUCAGAUUGUUUCAUUGCUUCUUUGGUAGCAACAAAAUCAGACCAGUAUAAAUCUGCUGUUGUAUGUUAUUGAGGCCAUUUAUUUAGAAUGUCCUUCCGUCUUUCUGUAGUAGAAAGCAGAGAUGAUCACAUUAUUCUUCUUAAAAUAUGACAGAUAAUGCGCCCGCGUAAUUCAUUUUCCAAAAGCUAAAAGAACAAAGACACCUGUAGCCUCUUCUUCUUGUAGAUGCUACGUCUAGGGUCAUCUUACUUGUAAUUGGUCACAUAUGGACACUUUUUCAGGACCCUUUGGUGUCACCUUUCAGUGCACUUGGUACCCCAUUUGGGUAUUUUUUUGUUGUGCUGGUUUAUUUGAUAGAACUCCCCCAACGUCUAAGAACAGACCUGAGCAAAAUGUUGUCUGCUACUGCUUUUCAAGCAUCUAAACUUAUUUUAGAGGGAUUGUCCACUGUGGUAACCAAAAAAUGAUGGAGUUCCUCAUUGCAGGUGGGAGAUAUUUGCCCUUGAACAUGGUUAAUGUUAUGAAAGGGUGUACUUAAACCCCACCCAACCUGACUGACCUUCCCCAGCAGGACAAAGCAACCCAUCACACCGCAAAUUGUGCUCAAGAACACAACAAAACGCCCAAGGCAUUGACCUGAUUGAGUAUCCACUGGAUGUGCCAGAGCAAACCCCUUCCACAGAUCCCUGAUCCUGCAACCCAACAAGACCCAAAGAAUUUGCUAAAAACAUCCUAGUACCAGACACCACAGGACACUCCCAAAGGUCCUGCCUCCUUAUUAGGUCAGAUUGGCACAAAGGGGAUCUGAACAAUACUAGGCAAGCGGUUUUAAAGUUAGGGCUUAUCAGUGUAAUACCUUACUAACUGAGAUGUUGGAGUGUCCUGCACACUGAAAACUGGCGAGUGCAUUAAAAAGAAGAGAUUCUGACUCCUGACAGUAUCCGUAUGUGAUGAGUUAGGAGUAAGAAUGUCUUGCUCCUCCAAUGAAAGGAAUUAUUAGAGGUUGUACCCAUAGUUCAUGCUUUAAAUAACUGAUAUAAAAAAGAGAAAGAUGAAAACAUAUGGUGACAGUAUCUCUGGGAAAAGGAGGAAAGAAAAUCUAUGCUCUCAACAUGAGACUUUUAGAUAGUUUAAGAGUAUUUUUUUUUUUUUUUUUUGGUAUUUCAAUCUACAUAAAGGGGAACUGAGCCGCUGGGAUGAUUCAUACUGUUCAGUAUAAUAUUCAUCUCCUCGCCAUCAUGUCUCUGCCUCCAUUAACAGGGAAUAUGUUUGGAUUAUGGUCCCUGAUGGUGGGCUCAUGUGAGAUCGUUUUUAUGGAAAAACGCUCAGUCCCGUCUCCGUGCACAUACAAUGAAGCACAUCUGAGGCAACAUGCAUUUGUAUGCACACUCAUAAACAAACACACUUGGAGGUGAACUGUGAUCUGUUAAUUUCAUUAUUCUCCAUCAGCAACCACAGGGAACGGGAACAUCAUUGGCUGGCCUCUGACACAGCCUGCAACAGCUUUUGAUUUGCACUAUAAAAGCAGUAAGCUAACUAAUUACAGAAGAGAUUCAAAACGAUGUAGAGAAAAUGAAGGCAAUGUAUCACCGUGGUCGUACCCGCUAGAAAUAUACAGCUUUGCAAUUUGCUUUUUUGGCUUGAAAAUGAAGCAGUUUAUCUAUUUAAGCUGAAUUGUGAGACACAAGAGCAUCAUAAAACCACUGUCAAUGGAGAGUACAGAUAUAUGUGAUUUGCUAUCACUUUUAAUCUAUGGAUUUAGCUGUAUAACAUGACUAUGUGAUUGGGGUUGUACGAGCCCUCACUAUUGCCUUCUCUAAUUUAUUGAUUCCCAGUCUAGAGAUGAAGGCUACAAGUGCUACUCAGUAAAAGCACAUGCAUCCCCAUUGUAUUCCCAGCUCUUCCAAUUCAGCCUUCUAUGUGCUUCUUUUUUCUUGUAUUACGUUUGUUUGUGACAAAUCACAAAUAUGCAUCUAAUCAAAAUAUCUUUGCCAUUUAUUUUAUUGCUUUCCAGUGGCUCCUUUUCAUCCCACCAGUUGCAUAUUAUAAAGAAAGGGCCUUGUCACUCUGGUUAUUUAGAAAAUAGAGGAGAUGCUUUAAUCAUUUCAACUGAAGCCAUGAUAUUUUCCUAAACCAAACCAAGCAGUUUUGUUGCCUAAACCUGACCAAACAAUAAAGUGAACACCCAAGUCUAUGUGAACCUCUUUUGUGACUAUCAAACUGGAGGCGUUUCCUACUACAUCAUAGUUAUCCUUUUCAAGGAAAGAAAUCCACAGUUUAGCUGUAUAGAAACAGUAGUUGACUGAUGCCAACAGAACCAACAAAAAAGAUCAAAACCUCCCAUCAGCGUGUAUUAACUGAAUCAAAAAUCGCUCAUGCAGAGAACUCAGUUAACAUUGAUCUUCCUGCUCUUCCUUGCUGUACACAGCACAUGGCUUUUUGGGUAACUGGUCGCUUAUUCACUGAGAUAGAAGCAUCCGAUCAGAGUAUUUAUGUUUGACCACACGCAUCUUUAUCUGUGUUCAGUGGCCGUCACAGGAUACACAGUACAGACUGGAUGCGCUCCAGUGGUUGUUAUAUCAGACUAUUUCAGAACAGCUCUGCGUUGGCUUCAGACUUUUGGACUGAUCUGUUGUGUGUUUUGGAUUCUUUUACGGUCAGAGCAGCGGUGCCAAAUGGGAAGCAGACCAAGAUAGAAAACGUUAUGCUUUAAUGUUUUUCUUUCUUCUUCUUUUUGUAUUUUAUUUAUUUUUUGUUCAAAUUGAUUGAUUGUUUUUUUCUGUCAUUUCUCAGUAAAUUAAAAAUGGAUUUCUACUCACUUUCUGCAGCUCCAGCACACCAGCCCUGUACGACUCUGUGUAAACAAAAUAAAAUACUCUGCACU